AUGGCAAAGAGACGGGUUAUUGAUAGUGAAGAUGAGGAUUCUUCCUUAAGUGUACAGGAAGAGGAGGACCUUGCACCAAAGGAAAUCUAUUUGGAGAGUGAAGAUGGAGGAGAAGAGGAUAACGAAGAAGAGGACGAAGAAGAAGAAGAAGAAGAAGAAGAGGAGGAGGAUGAAGCAGAAGAAGAAGAAGCGGAGGAGGGUGAUGACGAUUUUGACUUGGAUGAAGUCGAUCAAAAUGACAGUGAAUUUGGAGCCGAAUCUGGGACCGAGAAUUUUGGCAUAGGCGAUGCAGUGGACUAUGAUGAAGACAGUGACGAAAAUGACGGAGGUAAUCGUGGUGUUCGUGGUGGUAGUCUUUCUGAAGGUACGAAGACAAAACAAAACAUUAAAGAUAAACAACCUUCUAGAUCUAUUAAGAUCACGAUCAAACCUCCCAAGCAAAACCCAAAGGAGGAGAUUGCUCAAUCAUCAGCUCAAAGCGUGCCCACGCACGACGAAGGGAAACGCCAAACCCGUAAGCGACAAGUCAAUUAUUAUCAAGAUGAGACCGAUGAUUUUGAGGAGAAAUAUAUCGAAGAGAAACCAGCAUCAAAACCAAAGAGGGCUAAAGUAGUAGCCACGAGAGCAUCAAAACCAGUGCAACUGCAACGUCGAGAUAUAGACCCAGAAUUGCUUUUAACUGACGAGGAAGAGGAAGAAUAUAAUCCUGGAGGUAUAGAUGAUAUAACCAAGCUCACGGAGCGGCAACGGGCGAGGUUAACAGCAGAAGAGUCCGGUACCCCAUUGUUUGAGCUUGAUGAAAGCGGGAAGAAACCAAAGAGCAAGACAGAAAAGGAAGAAGAGACAGAAGAAGAGGUUGCGUUGAGAAAGGCCGAGAAUGCGAGAAAGCGGCUAGAUUACAAGAAUAAAGUUUUGGAAGAGGAGAAACGAGACACGCUUAACAAAUUGCUCAAACGGAGAGCCACCAAGUCUCGAGAAAUUAUUAAAGAUGAUAACGGGGAAGGCACCCAAGAGGAGGAAUUGAGUAUGUUCCGUAAGAAUCGAAGACCCAUGUUGGAACAUCCAGCCUUGAUCAGAUAUGUUAACAACACAACAACGCUACAAGGCAAUUCCAUUAUAGCUUACAAGUAA